UUUUGAACAAUUCUUGAAUGUAUUUGUAGGAUACUAAAAAGAAUAUCUUGCUGAUAUGAUUUAAAAGAUUUCAAACUCUUUAAGACUGAAACUGAGUCUUUGUGUUCCUCAACCCACUGCAAUGCCAAGAGCAUUCCUAUCAUUUCUACAGUAUUAUCUGCCAAAUGAUUUGAAGUUCACUUUACUCCACUGGUCAUCACUGUCUUGAACUAAAAAAGCAGCCCCAGUUAUUUGACGUUCUGCAUCUUUUGAGCCAUCUGUAUACACUUGUAAAUGCCAGGGGUAGGACUCUGGAAUAUAUAUCGAAAAUGCAGAUGACAAGUCAACUUCUCUUUCUGUUUUUUUUUUUUUUUAACCUCCAACAAAUGCAAAUCUACUUGAGGUGUUACAUAAACCCAUGGUUCAUUUUCCCAGUUGGCAGCUGAUCCAGCUCAAGCUGUUUGUAUGGAAAAGCCAACCAGCCCUCAUAGGGCGGUCCCGAGCUGAACACCAAACCAGUCAUCAGAGCAGGGACAUUAUCCAACACUCCCAGACCUUAACUUUUAACAUAAUUUUAACCCUGAGGAAACGGUAGCCUCCAGGAGUGAGAGAGUGCGAGGAUUACAGUAGGAGUGAUGUCCUGAGAUUACUCCGUAUCUAAAUAAAGCCCAGCACUGAGGAAGUCUGUUUAUCCGAGACUGAGCAGAGACUGGACUAUUACCUGUGAGCACAAUGACUGGGCUGUAUCACACAUUCCUGCUAUUUACAGUCAGUAUGGCUUCCCUGCAGCCACAGAGGUCUCCACGGAGCAAAAGGGGUUUGCUGGAACUAGCUGGCGUGAUCAAGUGCAGCACGGGACGAUCAGCUUUAACUUAUGCGAUGUAUGGAUGUUACUGUGGUCUCGGGGGUCAAGGGUGGCCCAGAGACAGAGCGGACUGGUGUUGCCACAAACAUGACUGCUGUUAUGGGGAUGCAGAAUUUGCAGGCUGUCAGACAAAAAUGGACAGGUAUCAGUGGACGUGUGAAGAAGAGGAGGUUGACUGCGAUACACUCAAUGACAGAUGUGCGAAAAUCCUCUGCCGAUGUGACAGGGAAGCAGCCAGAUGCCUCCGAAAGGCACCGUACAAACAGAAAUAUGCUCUGUGGCCAGAUUUCCUCUGCGGAUGUGUUCAUCCUACCUGCAACAUUUACUAAUGCCAGUAUAAAAUUUGGUAAACAAAUCUUUUUGAGCUUGUAUUGUAUGUUUGAUGCUUAUUAUAGGCUUUAUAUUGUUCAAAUCAUUUCCAUUUUCUACAUAAAUUUGUAUUUUAUAUUUACAUAGCUGACUUUCAAAAGUGAAUGGAUUAAAAU